GAGUGCCACCGCAGGCAGGCGUGCAAGCUCCCUGUCAGCAGGUGGUGGCGAUGACCAGGGAGGAGAUGCAGAGGAUGGUGGCGGCCGCGGCGCGCAGGCAGUUCAACAAGGCACAAGUCACACGUCUCAUGCCACAACCGCGCUGGCCAUGGUGGUGGGAAGUCAGGAUAAGGAUGUGUCUUGCUAUGGAGAUAGAGGAGGUGUAAGGGAUCGUGCGAUGGAGAGGAUGGCGGAGCAGUUGCGCCAGUUACGGGAUAAGGUCGAGUGGAGGCCGGAGAGUAGAGCUCGAGGGAAAUUCUCGCGGCCCCUUUGCCAAAUAAUUUCAGGGAGACCAACUUGGUGUAUGAUGGGUCAUCUGACCU